CAAGGAUUGCCGCUGUAUACAUUACCAUGGCUGUGCAAGCUAGCAAACUUACAGGAAGUGCAUUAACCGCCACCAUGCCCUCCCCAAUCGACCCCCACUCCCCCAGCAUCACCAACACCACCCCAAACAAUGCAACCGAAGCGCAAAAAUCCCGCACUAACUCCGACAUAAUCAACCUCUUCAAAGCCCCUUCUACCCCAACCACCAACCCCUCCAUCAAAGGCAUAGGACUCUACACACACAUUGCCGCUCCCACCAGACUCAGCUCAGAAACACCCCCACAUCCAGUCUUCCUACCCACUCCUCAAAACCCCACUGGAAAAGAUCCUUCAAACCCGACAUUACCGGAAGAAAUACGCAACCUAUGCUAUGACCUGCGCAAAGUAAUCCGCAAUGAAGAAGCAAUCGUAGCGAAACGCGCUCUUAGCUUUGAGCAACUUACGAAACGGUAUGCUGGACUUCCUGGCCCGAGUGACGCGACGGCGUUGGUGGUGCGUGAGAAACCAGAUGUGGUUAUGCGAGAGGAUGGAGUGGGUCGACAGGGGAUGGAUAGUGAAGUGGGGUUGCAAAGUGAAAGUCGCCGUUUGUCGGUUGAUGUAGCGGGGUCUGGGGUAGCUGGGGGUAGAGAAGAUGUGGCUAUGCGGGGGGUGGAGGAGGAGACGGCUAGGUGACUCCCGCCUGGUACGCACAUUUAUCGAAAGGAUCGAGGAGAAGGAGGUAAGGGGGGAAGGGGGAGAAGGGGUUUGUGCUGAGGGAGAAAGAGGGGAGUUAAAAGAGCGUAUAGUGUUUUAAAUGUGGUAGUUGUUGUUGUCAGGCAAGGGAUUAGUGUUUGAAAACCUAACAUGUAUAGUUUAUUUUGGUCACGAUGAUGUUUCUACGACAAUGAAGCCUUUUUUUGUAUAUAGAGAUCACAAAAAUAUCUUUCUCGGAUUCACUAAAAGUAUCCAUAUAACUCGC